GGCGUCCAGUCCAGACUCGUCACAGAGAGCCUAACCGCAGUGGAACCGUGCCUCUUUUAUCUUCCUCUUCCAUAACAAUCACUCUUCGCUCCGCCCUCUCUCUCUCUCUCUGUGGAAUUAUUCAAGGUGCAACUUCGAAGAUCUCAUCGCUUGCACUGAGAAAAUCGAUUUUUUGAAUAUAAGAGAGAUGGUUUUCUUGUGUUGGACUCGCCCGUCUCCUGAAGAACAGAAGGCUUGCAUUAUGAAGUCUGGAGCCUUUAACUAUGACUCUAAACAUAGAGGAGCUAGUGCCAAGCCUGCAUCUUCACUUCAAGAAGAUAGGGAGCUCUCAAAAAAUGGCUUCUUGAUCAAUCAUGCCCGAAUUUUAGUCGGUUCAGGCCUUGAGACCUAUGAAAAGGGCAAAACAGCUCUUCAAACUUGGAGGCAUUUUGGAUUAGAUUGGUCAUUUGUUGAUCCCAGGACUCCCAUCCAAAGUGGGGUGAAGUUCUGCGUUUGUGUGAAAGAAUUUUUCCCCUGGCUCAUGAUGCCUCUUCAGGUUGUAUACGUAAACGAGAACAGGAACACUAAAAAGGCUGCGGCCUCUUUUGGAUUUGGUAGUGGCACCCUUCAAGGACACUUACUGGCUGGGGAAGAACGCUUCUCGAUUGAACUGGGUGAGGACAACCAAGUCUGGUAUGAAAUACUUUCCUUCUCGAAGCCGGCACACUUUCUCUCACUAAUUGGGUACCCAUAUGUACAUCUUAGGCAAAAGUACUUUGCUCAUAAAUCUACUGAUGCUGUUAAGAAACAUUUGUCUGCUUAGAUCUUAAUGUAUAUAUGUACAUAUGCAUACAUAACUUGUAGCCUCACUAAUGUCUGUCUUUCUUUAUAUGAAAACUUGAAGUCUUGAUGAAUUAUUUCUUUGCAGCAAAUAAUCACGAUAUUUCUUUGCAAUCUAA